AUGGGCCAGCUGCAGACUUCAACUCGAUGCUUUAACUUUAAAGGGGAAUACCACUUGCUGAUUGAGGAUGUGGCCUUAGAGGAUGAUGCCCCUUAUGAAUGCCAAGUUGGACAGUCAGAGAGCAGUCCAGCAAUCAUCUCACAAACUGCAUGGCUAAAUGUGAAGAUUCCUCCCUUGAAGCUACACAUUGAAGUGGAGUCAUCUGAGCCAUGGGUUGCAGGUAAAGAGUACUCAGUGAAGUGCACGGCUACUGAUGCCAAACCUGCAGCAGAAAUCACUCUGUUCAAAGCUGGAAUACAAUUGACAGACCUUUACACAGACACGAUGUCUGGCUCAGAGGAUAAUCUCAUGAACACUGAGGCAGAAGUGAGAGUCAAAGCUGAAGGUGCAGAUCAUGGAGGACUGUUGGUCUGCCAGGCUAUGAAUUCUGCACUAACUACUGCCAUGAUUGAUUCAAAGUUGAUGAUCGUCUACUGUAAGUAA